AUGAUGUUCGGAGGAAGAAACUUUGGACAAAUACUUCCAGUAAACCUCAAUAUGCAACAGUCAAUGCAACACUCUUCACAAACUGAAAAGAAGUACUGCAAUCAGCCAAUUGAAAACCUGAAAAGGCUGACAGAAGAGCACACCAGCUGGAUGGGUCUCAACUUCGGAACAACAAACUUUUUGAGACCAACGGUAUCACUGACGACGUCUGUAACACCGGUUUUUCGAGUCACUGACUUCUCAAGCGGACCAUUUCUGAACAUGGAACACUCAAACUCUCCAAGCCAGUCGCCAUGCUCAUCGGCGUCGAUUUCCCUAAUUUCUCGGGCGAGUUCAGUGUUGAGCGUCGAAAAUUCGAGCCUGGAGACUUGGACCAAGUUACUUGGAUCUGACGCCAUGCCAAAAACUGUCAGAAAAAAUGUAUCUCAGAAUCAAAAAAUGAAAAGAGAAGGAGUUCUGGUUGAUCCAUUUGGAAAAAAAGUCAAGGGGCCCAAAAAAACGGCUAAGAGACCAUAUACCCGUAAAAAUGCUGUAAAACCUGAGGCUGCUGUUGCUAAUGUGGUCGCUCCUGAUGUACACUUACUAACACCUGGAUUAACUGAUAGUAUAGCACCACUGAGUGUUCUGGACGUUUCCAAUAAAUCAAUACUAAUUCUCGCCGACCUUACUUCUCGCAGGUUGAAAAUAAAGAGACCUCCACCCGCACAAGGAUAUGAUGGACAAUUUGAAGCUCUGUAUGCGAGUGCAAACGAGUUUUAUUGCUCACUCGUUUCCGGCAAACAAUAUUAUGCGGACACGCUGACAAUGGUCCCAUCGGGCGCCCAAAGAGAAAAGUUUCACAACAUCCACAUGUUUUGCAAAUGGAAUGAGAAAUCUGCAGAACAAUUCUUGGCUUUAUUGAUUGCCGCCAAAUUCGAUAUGACAACAUUCACAUUCAUGGAAUUUGUGGAGCCAUCCGACCCAGGAGCAGAAUGUGUUGAGUCUUCAUCGACACACAAAGAAACGAAUCCUUUACUAUCACCAAAGGAGGUCGAAGACUACAACAACCAGUGCGCCAUAGACUUCAUAACAAGCAUAACUCCAGUCCAGCUUGAGUCUACAAGAAAGGUCGAAUACAAUAGUUUUGGCUUUCCAGUGGCUUCUCAUUUGCCUAUAAUCCAAACUGAUCCUGCCGAAAUUCUUUUGACGGCAGCAGAAACACUACGACAGUUGAGCACACAACCAUUAUUUGAAGGUCAAGACAUUUCGAAAUGCUUCGAUAAUAUUCCGGCUCCAAAAGCACCCAAACAAAGAUCACCCCAAGGAAGAAAGGCUUCACCAGAGAGUGUGGCAAGAAAACAGUGGGACACCGUUAGAGCAAUGUUUAAAAAUCGCCCACGACUAUUGACGGAGUACAUUAAAUUAAAGGAGAAAUUCGCAGCUAAUCUUUACGACCCGGUCAGCGUUCGCCGUUUUUUCGAACUUCACGAGAUGCUCAAACAGCCGAUACCACACUUUCCAGAUGCCCAUAACCCAGAUUUUGUGGGCUCUCCAGUGGAAUUUUCAAUGAGACGCUUUUGCGAGAAGCUUGAAGAAGAAAGAUGGAUCAACUCUAUGGCUCUACAGAUACCUUUUAAGACCACCAAAUUGGAGAAGCAUAUCCGGGUGAACGCUGCAUUUCAACCAACAAACAAUGUCUCCGUAAAAGAAUUAUAUGAGUUCUACACUAAAUAA